AUCUUCUCUCUCUUCUCCGCAGACUUUCUUAUCAAGCUUUUUCUCUCAGCAGAAACCCUAGAAAUUCGUGAAGUCCUUCGUCGUCUCUGACUCUUUUGUUUCUCGAUCUGUGCUUUUUCAAUCUGUUUUUUCAGUUUCUUUGUUCGGGUUUGUGUGUUUUUGGAAGAUAAAUUUGUGCUUUUAUUGUUUCUGGAUUCGAAAUCCGAGUUCGGUUUGGUGGGAAAAAUGUCCUCUCUUAGCAGAGAACUGGUUUUUCUCAUACUCCAAUUUCUUGAAGAGGAGAAAUUUAAAGAGUCUGUUCACAGGCUUGAACAAGAAUCAGGGUUUUUUUUCAACAUGAAAUACUUUGAGGAGAAAGUACAAGCUGGUGAAUGGGAUGAAGUUGAGAAAUACUUAUCAGGAUUUACUAAAGUUGACGAUAACAGAUACUCCAUGAAGAUAUUCUUUGAAAUCAGGAAGCAGAAGUAUCUCGAAGCUCUUGACCGGCAAGACAAGGCGAAGGGUGUUGAGAUACUAGUGACUGAUUUGAAAGUCUUCUCCACCUUUAAUGAAGAUUUAUAUAAAGAAAUUACUCAGCUAUUAACACUUGGCAAUUUCAGGGAAAAUGAGCAGCUCUCCAAGUAUGGUGACACCAAAACAGCUCGUAGCAUAAUGCUGAUAGAGCUUAAAAAGUUAAUAGAAGCAAAUCCACUUUUUCGUGAAAAGCUUGUUUUUCCUACUUUAAAGUCAUCAAGAUUGCGGACUCUAAUCAAUCAAAGUUUGAACUGGCAGCACCAGUUGUGCAAGAAUCCAAGACCAAAUCCGGAUAUUAAAACCUUAUUCACAGACCAUAGUUGCACACCUCCAAAUGGGGCCCUUGCACCUACUCCUGUCAAUCUUCCACCUGCUGCAGUUGCGAAGCCUACUGCUUAUCCAUCACUUGGAGCUCACGGUCCUUUUCCACCCGCUGCAGCAGCUGCUAAUGCUAAUGCUCUAGCAGGUUGGAUGGCAAACGCUGCUGCUUCCUCAUCCGUUCAAGCAGCUGUUGUAACUGCAUCAUCUUUACCUGUUCCACAGAAUCAAGUGUCGAUCUUGAAGCGUCCAAUAACGCCUCCAACAACAUUUGAUUUUCAUAGUACUGAACAUGAACAAUUCAUGAAACGUUUGCGGUCUGGACAGUCUGCUGAGGAGGUUACAUAUCCAACAGCUCGUCAACCUUCUUGGUCCCUGGAUGACUUGCCAAGAACAGUAGCUUUUACCAUGCAUCAAGGAUCCACUGUCACAAGCAUGGAUUUUCACCCUUCACACCACACAUUGCUUCUUGUUGGUUCUAGUAGUGGCGAAAUAACACUCUGGGAGGUUGCGAUGCGAGAGAAGUUGCUUUCUAAGCCAUUCAAGAUAUGGGAUAUGACGCCUUUUUCAUUGGCAUUUCAGGAAUCCAUUGUCAAAGAUGCACCAAUAUCUGUAAGCCGUGUUACAUGGAGUCCAGAUGGAAAUUAUAUGGGGGCUGCGUUUGCUAAGCAAGUGAUUCAUAUAUAUGCAUAUCCUGGAUCAAAUGAUUUACGCCAGCAUUUAGAGAUUGAUGCCCAUGGUGGUAGAGUGAAUGACUUGGCUUUUGCUUAUCCAAACAAACAUCUGUGUGUAGUAACCUGCGGAGAUGAUAAGCUAAUAAAAGUGUGGGAUUUAGCAGGACGAAAGCUUUUUAAUUUUGAAGGGCAUGAGGCACCUGUAUUCUCUGUAUGUCCUCAUCAGAAAGAGAGUAUCCAGUUUAUAUUCUCAACCGCUAUUGAUGGGAAAAUUAAGGCCUGGCUAUAUGACAAUAUGGGAUCUAGAGUUGACUAUGAUGCUCCUGGGCACUGGUGUACUACUAUGCUUUACAGUGCCGAUGGAAGUAGAUUGUUUUCAUGUGGAACAAGUAAAGAAGGGGACUCUUUCCUGGUUGAAUGGAACGAAAGUGAAGGAGCGAUAAAGAGGACAUAUUCUGGGUUUAGAAAGAAAUCACAUGGUGUGGUGCAGUUUGAUUCAACUCAAAAUCACUUUCUGGCUGUGGGUGAAGAUAGUCAGAUAAAGUUUUGGGAUAUGGACACUACUAACAUUCUCACGAGCACGGAGGCAGAGGGUGGACUCCCAAGUCUUCCUCGCUUGAGGUUCAAUAAGGAAGGAAAUCUUCUAGCUGUAUCUACAGCAGACAAUGGAAUCAAGAUACUUGCAACUGCUGCUGGCCUUAGAUCAUUAAGAGCAGUUGAAGCCUCGUCUUUUGAAGCAUUAAGAGCGUCUGGGGAACCUGCUGCCAUCAAGGUCUCCGGCUCUUCUGGUGUUGCAAAUGUUGGUCCAGUCAAUUGUAAAGUGGAAAGAAGCUCUCCUGUCAGGCCUUCUUUACUUAAUGGAGUUGAUCCUUUGGCUAGAAGCAUGGAAAAACCAAGAACUUUGGAUGAUGUAACUGAUAAAACCAAACCCUGGCAGUUGGCCGAAAUUAUGGAUCCUGUUCAGUGCCGGCUAGUUACAAUGCCGGACAGCACAGAUGCUGCCAACAAGGUUGCCCGGCUUCUUUAUACGAAUUCUGGUGUCGGAAUUUUGGCACUUGGGUCAAAUGGUAUUCAGAAAUUGUGGAAGUGGGUCCGCAAUGAACAUAAUCCAACCGGAAAGGCCACUGCCAAUGCUGUUCCACAGCACUGGCAACCAAACAGUGGUCUUCUUAUGUCUAAUGAUGUGUCAGGUGUAAACCUUGAGGAAGCAGUGCCAUGCAUCGCACUUUCAAAGAAUGACUCUUAUGUGAUGUCAGCCUCUGGUGGAAAGGUUUCAUUGUUCAACAUGAUGACAUUCAAGGUAAUGACAACUUUCAUGCCACCUCCACCUGCUUCAACCUUCCUAGCAUUUCAUCCUCAAGAUAAUAAUAUCAUAGCCAUUGGAAUGGAGGAUUCGACUAUCCACAUCUACAAUGUUAGGGUAGAUGAGGUAAAAUCAAAACUGAAAGGUCACCAAAAGCGCAUAACUGGCUUAGCUUUCUCAACCAAUCUUAACAUACUGGUUUCAUCAGGUGCUGAUGCUCAUCUUUGUGUUUGGAGCAUUGAUUCGUGGGAGAAAAGGAAAUCAGUUCCAAUACAACUUCCUGCUGGUAAGGCACCUAUUGGUGACACUCGAGUACAAUUCCACUCUGAUCAAAUCCACUUGCUGGUAUCCCAUGAAACUCAGUUAGCAAUAUACGAUGCCUCCAAGAUGGAUCGCGUCCGUCAGUGGGUCCCACAAGAUGCCCUCGCCGCGCCUAUUUCUUAUGCGGCGUAUUCCUGCAACAGUCAACUAGUUUAUGCUUCCUUUUGCGACGGUAAUAUUGGGGUCUUUGAUGCGGAUAGCCUGAGACUAAGAUGCCGCAUUGGUCCAUCUACAUACUUGCCCCAGGCAGUUGUGAGUGGAAGCCAAGCCAUAUACCCGUUUGUUGUUGCGUCGCAUCCACAGGAGCCGAACCAAUUUGCUGUUGGAUUGACGGAUGGGACCGUUAAGGUGAUGGAACCCUUGGAAUCAGAGGGUAAAUGGGGAGCAAGUCCACCCGUCGAUAAUGGAAUGCUAAGUAGGGCGGGCUCAUCAUCUAACACAAGCAACCAUGUGCCUGAGCAGGUUCAACGAUGAAUGUUUCUUGUAUUGCACCGUCACCAUUCUCACAUGUAAUUUAUCGUUGUAGGUUUUAGGUUUUUAUUUUCCUUUCCGUCCCUUAUCAAAGGUAAGGUUUGACAUGAUAUUUAGAGAGAUCCAGUAUUUUAUGUUUAUUUGUUAUAGUCAAUUAACAUUAAUAUCCUUUUCCCA